AUGCCCGCCAACCAACGAGCCACAACAGCACCCCUCCACACCGAAACAGAUCCAAACAAGAAAUACACCUACCUCGCCGAAACAACCCCCCACCUCGCCACAAUUCUGGGCUUCCCCUCCCACUGCUCAACCUUCCCAUCCCUCUACGAGCGCACAUGCAGCGAAAUCGUCGAUCUAGCCGGUACAAUCGCCUCCUUCGAACCAGUCCGUCUCCACGUCCGACCAGAAGAUCAACCGCGGGCGCAAAAGCUAGUCGAUGAGCGCAUGGUAGCCGCCCCGGCCGAACAUCGCGCUCGAAUUAGACUCAUCGCCGCGCCGACGAAUCACAUCUGGGUGCGAGAUACGGGACCCGUGUACGUGCGCGGCGCGGACGAUGGAAAGCGAUACGCGAUUGAUUUCCGAUUCUGCGAGUGGGGGAAUAAACUCGGAGAGCGGAUUUAUAAUAGCAGCGUGGACAAGGUCGCUGCAUUGAAAGCCGAAGCCGAAGCCGAAGCAGACGAAUCAGACUGGCCGAUUAUGGACGAGCAGGUGCGGUCUGAGAAUACCGCGUUUGCGCAGCGAGUGCUGGAGCUUGAGAAUGAGCUUUAUCCGGAGUCGCCCGUUUCGCGGGUCGUUUCUGGGGUGAGGCUUGAAGGUGGUGGGAUUGAGAUGGAUGGGGAAGGGACAUUUAUGGCGAUGGAGAGUAGUGUGACUGUGUCAUCGCGGAACGAGGGAUUAUCCCGUGAGACCAUUGAGAACGAAUUAUCCCGGCUGCUGGGGAUUAAAAAGUUCAUUUGGAUUCCUGGUCGGGAGGGUCUGGAUAUCACCGAUUACCACAUCGAUGCCGAAGCGCGGUUUAUUCGGCCCGGCGUCGUUGUCGUGGGGAGACCGCAUCCCAAGUGUGAACAGGUGUUUUGGGAUGUGUAUAAUGAGAUGCGUGCGAUUCUGGAUACCGCGACUGAUGCGCAGGGUCGCAAGUUGCAGGUCUAUGAUAUCGAGGAGCCGGAUCCGGAUUUGGUUAGGGGCGAUGUGCCUGGGGAGGAGAUUGAGCCUGCAGCCUCGUAUGUGAACUUUUAUUUCACGAAUGGGGGACUCGUUAUUCCGGCUUUUGGAGAUGCCGUGACUGAUGCGAAGGCGUUGGAGACGUUGAGCAAGUUGGUUCCCGAGCGACGGGUUUGCCAGGUCGCUGUCAAUGCGCUACCCCGGACUGGAGGUGUCUUGCAUUGUACGACGCAGCAGGUGCUGUGA